GCCCAUUCGCACAAAAGCAGACGGCCCCAAGAGGCCACGCCGGUUGGGCCUCUGUUUCUGGCUGGGCAAAGCUCCUCAUUCUUCAGUCAGUCAGUCAGUCAGUCAGUCUGUUGGUGCUGUGCCUCGGCAGUGUCCCAAUCUAGAAGUGAUCUCGUCAACCUCGGGCCCGCAGCCCAGAGCUGCGGGGUGCGGGUACUUAAGUAUCCCUGCUUGACGCGGGGAAACCAUGACGGGAUGCUGGGGAAGAGGGCCCCGUUCGGCAGCAACCUUGCUAUCCGCGACGCCGAGGGUGGUCUGGCUCUCUGGCUCCCUGGCUGUCUGGUUGAGAAGGGGAGCCUCAUCCGAUUGCGGCUGCCGGUGCGCACACGAUGGCUGUCAUGGCCCCAGCGAGGCGUUUCGUCACCCCGCCCACAAUUAUCCAAGGGUCAGGCUGCAUCUCCUGCUACUAGGAUGCAGCACCAGGGCAGCAGGGCUGCCAGGCCGGGAUCCAGAAGGAUGCCUUCCCCGUCCCAGUAGGCUAAUGGACAGAUGCCUCGGGACAUCUUGAUUGACCGUCACAUCCCGUACCCAGGCAACAGCAAGCCCAGGUACCUGGGACGUCACUACUUCUAAAGUUACUGCCCUGACACCCUUAUCCUCGCACAUUUAUUGUACGGCUCCUCCCCGCUGCUUCCAGUCCCUCCCUUCACUUCUACCUGGUCUGUGAACCCGAUAUUUUGGCAAAAUGGUCAUCAAAUCCCGCUGGAACAUCCCCAUCGACGAUGGUUCUUUGCAAAAAUGGAUCUUCGGCUCGUCCAAGGGCCCCCUCCCGGACCGGAAGACCUUCCUCGAUGCCGAACGCCCAGACACCCAUUUCCUGACCUUCGCAGAGUAUCGACUCCUGGCCAAGCGUGUCGGCCUGGGCCUGCAACAGGCCGGCUUGGAGCCGGGCGACAGGGUGCUCGUCUUCUCCGGAAACAAUCUGUACUUCCCUUCCGUGUUCCUGGGCGUGCUCAUGGCCGGUGGCGUGUUCACGGGUGCCAACCCGACUUUUGUCGCGCGCGAGGUUGCGUAUCAGCUGCGUGACAGCGGCGCCACCUUCAUGUUUGCUGCGAGCGCCAGUCUGGAUAUCGCAUUGCAAGCUGCAGAGGAAGCGGGCCUGGCCAAGGACCGUGUGCUUGUCUUCGAUGCGGAAAGCGACGCCCGGGCCGAGAAACCCACACCCGGGACCAACGGCCGACGACAGGGAGCGAGGCAUUGGACCGAGCUGCUACACGCAGGCCGGGCGCAGGCCGAGAGCUGGGACUGGGUCGAGCCCUCUGACGCGGCCAAUACGACCUGCUGUCUGAACUACAGCAGCGGGACGACUGGCGUGCCCAAGGGGGUUGAGAUCUCGCACCGCUCGUACGUUGCCAACUGCACCCAGGUCUUGUUCGUGGCGGAGCUGGACCCGGAGCACGACGUCAAGAGGGACAGGUCGCGGGCUCUCGCCUUCCUCCCCAUGUACCAUGCGUACGGCCAGACCUAUUUCGUCGCCAACUACGCCCGGCAAGGCACACCCGUCUAUGUGAUGCCUCAUUUCGACUUCAUGAAGAUGCUGCAAUACGUACAGAAAUACCGCAUAACUACCCUGGCCUGCGUGCCGCCGGUCAUUGUGGCCCUCGCGAAGCACCCUGCCAGCCGCCAAUUCGACCUGAGCAGCGUCGAGUCUAUCGGGUCUGGUGCAGCGCCCCUGAGCCACGAGACCCUGCUGGAAUGCCAAUCGUUGUUUACGAAGAACGAGGUCCUCAUUAGCCAAGGCUGGGGCAUGACAGAGACGACUUGCACGACCCUCGCCUGGGACAGUCGAGUAAAAGCCGGCCCUGGUGUGGGAGAGCUAUACCCAAACAUGUCCGCCAAGAUCAUGGAGAUGGAUGGGAAGACGGAGAUACUGGAGGCCAACAAGCCGGGCGAGCUCUGGGUGAGCGGGCCGAAUCUGCUCAAGGGUUACUGGCGCAAGCCCGAAGCCACCCGCGACACGGUCAUGACCGAUCCUGAUGGCACGCGGUGGCUGCGGACUGGCGACGUUGCGCACUGUGAGGAGUAUCGCACGGGCACAAUAUGGCAUAUCGUGGACCGGAUCAAGGAGCUCAUCAAGGUGAAAGGGAACCAGGUGGCUCCGGCCGAGCUCGAAGGACUGCUGCUCGAGCACCCAGCCGUGGCAGAUGUUGGGGUUAUCGGCGUGACCAUCGACGGCGAGGAGGUACCACGGGCUUACAUCCAGAAGAGCGCGGGGGCAACGGCGACGGGCAAAGAGAUCGCGGAGUGGAUGGCAGGAAAGGUGACCAGGUACAAGCGCCUCAAAGGUGGAGUGGUGUUUGUGGACGCAAUUCCGAAAAACCCUUCGGGCAAGAUCCUACGAAAGAUACUCCGAGAGAAGGCCAAAGAAGAAGUUGGGGAUCGGAAGCCUUUUGGCUCGAAGAUCUAGAACAGGAGUUAUGGCACGGAUCCAUCAAGCGUCGGCCACUGGCAGCGAGACAUGGUUGAUCAAGAAGGAGACGAGGGCGCUGGUAUAUAGGAAGAAUUAACAUAGAAUAUAGUACAAGCAUAUGCGGUGUUUUAACGGGCUAUUUGCACAUUACGAUACCGGUCUUCAUCAACUACCGCCGACCAAGAAGAGCAUGAGGGCCGUGGCUCGGGGGUUCGUGCUGUUACUUACUUAAGUACCUAGGUAAUAGCAUGCAGCCGGUAGUUGGUA